GAGAAGAGAGAAAUAAGGAGAGAGGUAAUGGGGUCUUUGGAAGGUGAAGAAGCUGGAAGGAAGAAGGCAAUGUGGCUCUACCCAAACCUUGCGGGAAGCGAUCCUUCUGAAAGAUGGGGGCACUCUGCUUGUUAUUUUCAAGGGAAUAUGUAUGUCUUUGGGGGGUGUUCUGGAGGUAUGCAUUACAGUGAUGUUCAGGUGCUUAAUUUUGAAACGAUGGUCUGGAACACUCUUGUCACAACUGGUCCAGGGCCUGGUCCUAGAGAUAGCCACAGUACCGUUCUUCUGGGUAAUAAUAUGAUAGUUUUUGGAGGUACAAGUGGCUCCAAGAAGUGUAAUGAUCUUCACAUUUUAAAUCUGAUUACCAAAGAAUGGACUCGACUAGAAUGUGGCGGAACUCCACCUUCGCCUCGAGAAAGUCAUUCUGCCACGCUUGUGGAUGAUGUAGAAUUAGUGGUUUUUGGGGGAAGUGGGGAAGGUGAAUGCUUGAAUGAUCUGCAUGUUCUUGACCUUAGAACCAUGAGAUGGACUUCCCCUGAGGUGAAGGGUGAUGUUCCUGUUCCUAGAGACAGUCAUAGUGCUAUUGCAAUAGGAAAUAAGAUGUUUGUGUAUGGUGGUGACCGUGGCGAUAGGUAUUAUGGUGAUGUUGAUAUGCUUGACAUGGACACAAUGACCUGGUCAAGGUUGGCUGUUCAAGGAUCUUCACCCGGCGGCAGGGCUGGCCAUGCAGCUGUGAGUAUUGGCACAAUGAUCUAUGUUAUUGGAGGGGUCGGACACAAACGGUACUAUAAUGAUGCAUGGGUCCUGGAUUCAAGUACUUGUUCAUGGACCCAACUGGAUGCACGCGGUCAACUGCCACAAGGGAGAUUCUCUCACACUGCUGUUGUUACCGACUCUGUCCUUGCUAUCUAUGGAGGGUGUGGGGAGGAUGAUCGGCCUCUCAAUGAGUUGUUGGUGUUGGAGCUUGGAACAGAACAGUCAAAUGACUGCUACGAUGUUCCUAUAUGCAAAAUUUUUGGAAGCCCUAUAAACCAUGAGAGGAGAAGGUUCUCUAGGGGAGCUGAUUUUAACACGAAUCUGAAACCUAUGCUUAUGGGGAAUCCUGUAGUAGUAAGACAGACAUCUAAGAAAUCAGAAUCAGAAACAAAGCGACUUUUUUUAAAAUCAGGUACUCUGCAUCCGAAAAGGAGAAGAACUACCACUGCUAGAGCAUGGGAGAUUGAAUCAGAACAAGAAGAGCGUUCUCUGUCUCUGUCCCAGCAUUCAUCAUCAUCUCACUCAGACCAAGAGCAGCAACCGACCCCAACUCCCAAUCUGGAAGAUUCCGCUCCACCUUCUCAAGGUUACGUCUUUAAGCAAUUAAAUCAGAGUCCGAACAUAAAGAUCUUAGAAAUUCCGGCCAAAGAUCUCAGAUUUUCCACACAAAGAAGUCCAGAGGAACUUAGCCACUUGUUAGGAGCACAUCAAAUGAAAGCCAGACGAGAACAGUGUCUCCAUGGUAGACCAAACAUACAAUUUCAAGCUGCAGAACGUGUACCAUUUGUGGCAGUGAACCCUAUGUGCAACUUGAUUGGUUCUGAGGUCCAUGGCAAAGUUGAUGGUGCAUUCGACUCCGGUUUCCUAAUGACUGCAACUGUUAACGGGAGAAUAUUUAGAGGGGUCUUAUUUGCACCGGGACGUGCGCUUGCCCCUAGAAUGCCAGUUCCAGAGAAUUCUUCAUCUUUAACUAGUCACACUUGCAAUCUGGGACCUGGAGUCAUUGGAAGAGGGUCAAUUGUUCCACAAAGUCAAAUUGCCAAUGCUGUGACACAACCGUUUGCAAACUCAAAUCAUGCAGAGUCAUCCUCCUCAAAGCAAUCCGAGCAGCCAACGAAGAAUUUUUUACCAAGGUCUAGUCUAGGCCUCAGGCAGCCUCAGGUGGCUCGACCAUUUCCAGGAGUUAGAACUUCAUCUCUAGACAGAGAAUCUAAUCACCAAAGUGAUUUUCAAGGUCUGGUUUUAACACUUGGUGGAUCAGGAAGUGGUUCUGGUGGUUCUUAGAGAGGUAACUUCUGAUUGGUGAAAUUUGUUCGAUGCAAGUGGUACGAAUUUAUUGGCUUGUGGAGACAGGUUCGUUAGUAUAUAGUAGUAGUUGGUGAUUAGUUAACGUUCUGUAUGAAAUGAUGGUCCGGUAAACUGUUUGCAGUGGAUGGAAAAUUAUGAGUUUUUGUCUGUUCUUUAUCGUUCAAGUAAGGCAUAACUACAAUAU